AGAGAGAAGGGAGAGGGAGAGGCUGGUUGGAAAGUAGUUGUCGUAGAAGUUCAGGCUGGCGGAGUUGUUAAUGUUCGUGUUUCCGUGUGCGUAUGCUCACAGCGCGUCAUACGGCGCAUACUAGCAUCUCUUGGGUCUCCACCCAACCCACCGAGGCUCUCUAUCAUCUCUUCCAGCUCAUCCAUAAUGUUCACAACUUUUAUUACCUCCUCUACUUCUCCACCACAACUUCUCCUAAACCCACAACAAUGUCAUCUCCUCCUGCAUCCGCCGCCACACGGAGGUUCCCCUCUCCGUGCUGGGCCCACGAAGAGACGCUCACUCUCAUCAAGGCUUACCGCGAUCGGUGGUUCGCUCUCAGCCGCGGCAACCUCCGUGCCUCCGAUUGGGAGGUCGUGGCUGCUGCCCUAGCUUCUGCUGGGGCUACUGAUGGUGCGCCUAAGACUUCCAUCCAGUGCCGCCACAAGAUCGAGAAGCUAAGGAAACGGUACCGUGCCGAGAAGCAGCGCGCUCUUUCUAAACCAGGUCGGUUCUUCUCUAGUUGGGAUUUGUUUCCUGUUUUGGAUUCUAUGGAGAUUGGAGUCGUUGGAUCUGUUCAGGAUAAUAAGCAUGUUGAUAAAGCUGUUAAAUCUGGAAAAAUUGGUUGGAAUCCUAAUGUUGAAAUUGGGAGCAUGGUGAAGAGUAAUCGGGUGGUUAAGCCCACUCUUGCCUUUGAUUGCAGCUAUGGAAGUGGGUUUAGUGUGAAAUCACGAGAUAAUGGGCUUCCUCGGUCUCCUGGGUUUGCUUAUAGUGCUAGAGCUUGUCCCGACUUUGAUGAUAGUGAUGAUGAUUAUGAUGAUGAUGGUAUGUGUGCGUUCCCUGUAAAAUCCUUGGGUGAUAGGAACGUGAUGCCUCUAAUGUCUAGAUCAGUGCAUUAUGGGAAAAUGGACAGUGAUAGGAAUCGUAACCCUGACAUCCAUUGUGACUAUGAUAUUAGGAGUGAUGUCGACGAAGGAUGUGGGUUUGGGAAGAUAAUUUCUGGGGAUUGGAAAUCAGGGCCUUCAGGGUUGAGGUCGAAUAGCUAUUACAAGAAAGAUGGGAAUACUAGUUCUCAUAUGGAUUAUGGUGUUUUGAAUGGCGUCAGUUAUUCUAAGAGAUCAGGGUUUGUGAAGAAGAGUAAUGGUGGAGUCAAGAGAGGACGAGGUGGUGCUGUCAGUGAGGUAGUUUCAUCAAUUAAGCGAUUGGGAGAAGUGUUUUUGAAGAUGGAGAAGAUGAAGAUGGAAACAAUGAGGGAGAUUGAGAAGAUGCGAAUGGAGAUGGAGAUGAAGCAUAAUCAGAUGAUAAUCGAUUCGCAGCAACAAGUUGUCAAUGCAUUUGCAGAAGCAUUCUUGGAAAAGACACAGAAGAAGAAAAUGAAGACAAUGUCAACAAAUGGGGAUUUGUGAUUGCUAUAAGUCUAAAGUGAAGACAAUGUCAAACACGAGUAGCAGUUUCAAUUUUUUUUUUGUUCUAGGAGUUUUAUAUAUAGUUUAGUUUGUCUAUAUCUAUAACUUGAAACUUGAAAGUGGAAAGUUUUUGGUCUCCAUGAGCAUAUGGAGCAUUGAGUUUUAAUGCUGUGCCAGUUAUUUUGUGUGAGUUAAUGAAGUACUGUACUUCCUUUGAUCUUUCUGACCUGGACCUGGACUCACAAGAGAGCGUCAAAUUCUGUGA